AUGGGCACUACCAAACCAACCACAUCGCGCCCAUCGAAGAAGCUAACUCGCAGAUAUCCUAAAUCCAUCAUGCAGGCUCCUUCCCUUUCUUCCUCUUACAUCGACAACAAACUACGACAGGAGACAAGAGAGACGAAAGUCAGGUGUGACACCAAGCGGCUCGAAGAAUUUAUGAAGCUGAUCGAGGGGGCACUGGAAGACGGGCGCGGAGCUGGAAUUCGUAUGCGCGCUCCUUCGGAGAUAGAAGCCGAGAUUGAGGAGUUGGUAAAGCAUUUUGCGGAUAAGGUGGUGUUAGGUGGCGAGAUGGAGGGGUUGGUGAAGCAAUUUGCGAGAAAGUGGCCCUUACCGCUGGGUGGCCAACACGUUUAUCAUUGUCCGGGUUUAGCGCUUGAACCUGGAAGUUUGGGACAAUACUUGCUCUUCAAGAUUUCCACCUCGUCUUCUAACGCCUCCUCCGAUUUUAACUUCAAGAUGGCCACUCAACCCAACAUUACUUCUUCUCCUUCCACUUGUAACAUUGGCGCUUCUUCGCCUUCUUCUACACCCUCCCAACCGACCUCACCUACCUUGCCACCCAACUUUGAGGAGCAAAUCGACCUCUUACUUGAGAUUACGGCGAACCGUGCGGAGAUCUUCGAAGGCGUCGAUUUGGAGGCCGAGUUGGCGAAGCUACAGUUGGAAGAGUCACAGCGCGAGGGCCUUUCGUCACCUAAGAAGAUUCUCCUCCGCACGCGCAGUAUCACAAGGAAGAUUGCUCAGCAGGCUGGGUCUGGCAUUAGGUAUGCUUCGGCUCGACGUGGUUCGACUUCCUCUUUGGGAUCUUCAGUCUCUUUGCCUUCUACGCCCGAUCCGAGCGGUUUUUCGAUUCGUGAUUUGCAGGAAAUGAGGAAGAUGAAUUUGUCGCCUGUUUGUAAGCAGUUGAAGGCGUUGAAGAAGAGGGAGGAUAUGGUGCUUAGUGCUAUCACUGCUGGUCGCUGA